AUGAAACAAAUCUUCUUUAUUUUAUUGUGCUCAACUUACGUAUUCGGAGUUCAUUCAACUCAACAAGCGAGUGAUCAUCCAAAUGAAACAUCUGCCGGACAUCAUCAAAUCCUGGACGUACUUCAAUCGUAUUGGUUGAUCAUUGAAAAUGGUGUCACAAAUGUUUACACAACGCAAUUGUAUUCCACAGCUCGAGUCGACAUCCCAACAACACGAGGUUGCAUUCCGCAGCACCGGUCUCAAAAAUGUAAGUUUAAAAAAAUG